UUCACCCACUUGUAUUCAGAUGCCAGAUAUGUUGAACUGGUUUGGAUGGUGUACAUGGGAUGCUUUCUACACUAAUGUGACUUCAGAGAAUGUGAAGCAAGGAUUACAAAGCUUUGAGAAAGGUGGAAUUCCUGCUAAGUUUGUAAUAAUUGAUGAUGGAUGGCAAUCUGUUGGCAUGGACCCUAAUGGUAUUGAAUGGAAAUCUGAUACUUCAGCCAACUUUGCAAAUCGCUUAACAAACAUCAAAGAGCAUUACAAAGAUGAUUUUUUUGUUUUUGGUUUCAGGGGGUUGCGGUUUAUGUGUGUUUUCCGGUUCAAGAUGUGGUGGAUGACGCAGAGAAUGGGCUCUUGUGGACAAGAAGUCCCCAUUGAGACACAGUUCUUGCUUGUUGAAUCAAACAGUGGCUCUGAUAUUGAUGGAGGAGAGGAUCAUGCUACCUAUACUGUUUUCUUGCCCCUUCUGGAGGGAGAUUUCAGGGCAGUUCUUCAGGGGAAUGAUCAAAACGAGAUUGAGAUCUGUGUGGAAAGUGGUUGUCCUGCUGUGGAGGAAUUUGAUGGGACUCAUCUGGUAUUUGUUGGGGCUGGAUCAGAUCCUUAUGAAGUCAUAACAAAUGCUGUCAAGACUGUUGAGAAACAUUUACAGACCUUUGCUCACCGCGAGCGAAAGAAGAUGCCAGAUAUGUUGAACUGGUUUGGAUGGUGUACAUGGGAUGCUUUCUACACUAAUGUGACUUCAGAGAAUGUGAAGCAAGGAUUACAAAGCUUUGAGAAAGGUGGAAUUCCUGCUAAGUUUGUAAUAAUUGAUGAUGGAUGGCAAUCUGUUGGCAUGGACCCUAAUGGUAUUGAAUGGAAAUCUGAUACUUCAGCCAACUUUGCAAAUCGCUUAACAAACAUCAAAGAGAAUCACAAGUUCCAGAAAGAUGGCAAGGAAGGUCAGCGGGUAGAGGACCCAGCUCUGGGAAUAAGGCAUAUUACUAAUGAAAUCAAACUAGAGCAUGAUAUAAAGUACGUAUAUGUGUGGCAUGCAAUAACAGGAUAUUGGGGUGGUGUUAAACCCGGGGUUUCAGGUAUGGAGCACUAUGAGUCAAAGAUGGCCUUCCCUGUCUCAUCUCCUGGAGUUGACUCGAAUCAACCAGAUGAAGCUUUGACAACCAUUGCCAUGAAUGGACUUGGCCUAGUGAAUCCUGAGAAAGUUUUUCACUUUUAUGAUGAACUCCAUUCAUAUUUGGCAUCCGCUGGUAUUGAUGGUGUCAAAGUUGAUGUUCAGAAUAUCCUUGAAACUCUUGGAGCAGGACAUGGUGGGAGGGUGAAACUUGCAAGGAAAUACCACCAGGCAUUAGAGGCAUCAAUCUCUAGAAACUUCCCUGAUAAUGGAAUCAUUUGUUGCAUGAGUCACAACACAGAUGGAUUGUACAGUGCAAAGCGUUCUGCUGUUAUUAGGGCAUCAGAUGAUUUCUGGCCAAGAGACCCUGCAUCUCACACGAUUCACAUUGCAUCAUUAUGAGGCAACACUCAGUCAU